AUGCCAUUCAACACACCCGUCAGAGCGGCCUUUCAGAAGCAGGACCCUGCAUAUGGCUUCUGGCUGACUAUUCCGAGCGCCGGUGUGGCAAAGACGGUUCUACGGCCGAGCCGUGGACAGUUCAGCUGGGUUCUGAUUGAUGCCGAGCACGGCUUGAUCAACGACACUCACUAUUAUGAGCUCGUCAACGCUGUAGCUUCCGAAGGCGCCAGCCCAAUCAUUCGCGUGCCAUGGGGCGAAGAAUGGAUGCUCAAGCGGGCUCUUGAUGCUGGUGCGCAUGGCAUCGUGACGCCCAUGUGCCAUUCAGAGGAAGAUGCCAAAAAAAUCGUGAAGUACUCCAAAUAUCCUCCCAUCGGCACUAGAGGCUACGGCCCAAUGUUUGCACACUCCGUUCCAGGCGUUUUCGGUGCAGAGUAUGACGACAAUGCGAAUGACAGUCUCCUCGUGAUCGUUCAGAUCGAGUCCAGGCAAGGUGUAGAGUGUGUAGAGAAAAUCGCUGCAGUUGAUGGGAUUGAUGUUUUGUUCAUUGGACCUUUCGACCUGGCGAAACAGAUGGAUGUUCAGCGCGGCGGCGAGGAGCAUGAGGCUGCGAUUCAGCGAACACUCAAAGCAGCGCAUGCGUCGGGCAAGAAGGCUGCCAUUUUUUGCACAAAUGGAGAGGAUGCCAACAGUCGCAGGGCACAGGGCUUCGACAUGAUCUCUAUCAUCACGGAUGUGGGAGUCUUAGCAGAAGGGAUGCUGCGCGAGCUAGGUGCCGCAAAGGGUCAGACGCAGGAGAUUAAGCCGAGGACAGGUUACUGA